AAGUACCCUCGGAGACGGAUGCCGUGCAGGGCAAUCCCAUGAAGCUGCGCUGCAUCUCCUGCAUGAAGAGGGAGGAGGUGGAGGCCACCACUGUGGUGGAAUGGUUCUACAGGCCUGAGGGCGGUAAAGAUUUCCUUGUAUGUCAGACUGCUGCCUCUGGUCUUUUGUUUGCUGGUCUAUGCUGUUGUAUGCCUGGCUCCCGACAGCCUGGGAGAUGAUGCCUUGACAUGACAUUCCCUCCUCUCCUGAGCACUGACAUCACCUCAGCAGAUAACUGACAGCCUUAGAGUCGCCCAGGGUCUUUGCAAAGCAGGUACUCGGCCAGCUGUAAGCAAUCCUGGUUACAAGCAGGAGAAGGGGGUACAAAGAGGUAAAUGUGUUGAUAGAGCCUGUGUGGGUUAGGCACCCUAGUAGACGUCUUACAGGUGUGUUCAUCUUUUUUUUUUUUUUUUUUUUUUUUUUUUUUUUUUUUUUUUUUUUUUUUUUUUUUUUUUUUUUUUUUUUUUUUGGUUUUUCGAGACAGGGUUUCUCUGUGGUUUUGGAGCCUGUCCUGGAACUAGCUCUUGUAGACCAGGCUGGUCUCGAACUCACAGAGAUCCGCCUGCCUCUGCCUCGCCUCCUGAGUGCUGGGAUUAAAGGCGUGCGCCACCACCGCCCGGCUAGGUGUGUUCAUCUUUCAUGCAGUCCUCUGAAAUGGACUUAAUGAAGUUGAAAGAAAGAAAGCAAGGUAGCUUUAUGUGAAGUAGCAUGGGUAGCUCUUCCAAGUAUCACAGUCCCAGUGAAGUAGGAACAAUGAGAUGACCAGAGCUUGUAUAAACUGAUAUGCCCAGGAGAGCCACCUCUGUGGGUCAACUGUUUAGUCAGUUCUUGACACAAGCUGUACCCCAGGUGGUCAUGCUGCCAUUCUGCCCAAGUGCAACCCUAAACCUCAAUGGUCUGUAUACCAAGGGUUUCACUCCUAGCAGGGUAAGAAGCCCUCCAGACUGUGUGCCAGGGUCAGAGUCCAUGUCAGUUCUGGUGUGGGUCAACGCUCAAGGGAUUGUGGUUCAUUCAAAUCAGUGUCCAUAUUUUCAUUGACUCUGGAGUCAGGCUGCCUGGCUUUGGUUCUUUUCUUCAUGCUAGUUGGCUCCAUACGCUUAAACAUAGUCAACCUCUUGAUCCCUCCAAUUAUUUUGUCCUUUUAAGUGGGAAUAAAAACAAAAGCUUCAUGAUGGGGUUGUUACCAGGCAGGACAUGUGAGCUUUGAUUUUUUUUUUAAUUCAUUUUAAAUGUCUUUGAAAUAUGGUGUGUUUGUUGGGGAAAGUGAAGAGCAAAAGAAUAACAUUAACUUAGUAAAGGAGUUUAGAUUUAAACACACACACAAGUUUAGAUCUGUAUAUGGUGGUCUGACAGCAGACCCAAGGCUCUCUCUGGAGCUCUCCCUUGCUCUCCUGGGUCUCUUCACCUACUGGAGACAACAACAUGGUAACAUUGACUUUCACUUGCUCAUUCUCCCCCACCCCCCAAGUGGAUUCAUUUCUGAUUCUAGGUAGUACGUGGUAUUUGAAUCUAGGUCUGUGCCAAGGCAAGGACCAGCAGCGAGUUUUUAGAGUCUAACUUAAGCUUGAGUCAUACACCACGGAGGUAUUCUCAGAUUUAGUGCCCAGUUCUAGGAAGCCAGAGGUCUUGGCUGGAUUGGAAGGGCUGGCCCAUGGGUUUCAGGCCUUGUCACAGGCUAGCUGCGUUCGCUGCUGGUAUACUUGUCCCAUACCACAAGGUGCAGCUGAGGCACUAAAUGUUAAUGUCUAGGAACAUGAGUGUGAGUUUUAGUCCACACCCACGCUUAGUGGAGCCUAGAUGGAAAAAGUGUCAUGUCAGAGUGGAAGUGUCUGAGAAAGAAGUCGGAAAGAGCUGACUUUGGUUCUAUUUUGGCCCAAAGCAAAAGCUCUACGCGUCUCUCUGUUGUUGAGUUCUCUGCUCACUGGCCUUCCUCCCACAUUCUGGAUUCCUGUAUUUGUCCUGGCCACAACCACCAUGAUGGAUGCCAGGUCAGAGCGUCAGGCAUUAAGCUCAGGGCUGUCAGGUAUCACCUCUGCUCACAGCUGCUUUGUUGGCCUCUAUAUCCUCUCCGUCGCUGGCCGCCUCAUCACCUCCCUCCCUCUCCUUCCUUACCCCCUUUCUGUCUCCAUCCCUUCCUUUUCCUGUUACUAGUCUCUUUCACGGAUCAGCCACCCUUCUUUCUUCUCCACUCUGCUCCUUUUUGUUCACCCAGGAUUCUUUCUCACUACUCCAUGCUGCCUCUCCCCUCACCAUGUCCACAUGUCCAGACAUCUGUCUGCCUCUACCUGCUUUCCCGUCUUCGCUCUCUCCCAUGGCUUCCUCUGUGCCUCUUCAUCCCACCCCCACCCCAUGCUCUGGGUCUUCUGGUAACCUUGUCCCUUGUCCCGUGGAAACUCCUGCUCUUCCUUCCUCCCUGUCUCUUUGGCCACCAUCUGCUUCCGCUCCUCUCUCUGCAGAUAUACGAGUAUCGCAAUGGCCACCAGGAGGUGGAGAGCCCCUUCCAAGGUCGCUUGCAGUGGAACGGGAGCAAAGACCUGCAGGACGUGUCCAUCACUGUGCUCAAUGUCACGCUGAACGACUCUGGCCUCUACACAUGCAACGUGUCCAGGGAGUUUGAAUUUGAGGCACACAGGCCCUUCGUGAAGACCACAAGACUAAUACCCUUGAGAGUCACUGAAGAGGCGGGAGAAGACUUCACCUCCGUGGUCUCAGAAAUCAUGAUGUACAUCCUCCUGGUCUUCCUCACCUUGUGGCUGUUCAUUGAGAUGAUCUACUGCUACAGAAAGGUCUCCAAGGCUGAAGAGGCAGCCCAGGAAAACGCGUCUGACUACCUUGCUAUUCCUUCAGAGAACAAGGAGAACUCCGUGGUGCCCGUGGAGGAAUAAUGCGGUGUGACUUGAGGUGAUCUGAGCACUGAGGGAGUUGGAUAUUCCCAGUGCAGUGAUGUCAGCAGCAUCAGCAAGGUGCCCCGAGAAUCCCAAGCAUCCGUCUUUCUAUUCGUCAGCCACCCACCCCAACUGUGAGAUUUUAUCUGACUUCCAAGCUCUGUUGGAACUCUACACAUCUUGAAUGAACUGAAGAGCCAACAUCUUUACAUGAACUAAACCUCGCUCUGUCCUUGCUUUCAAGCAAGCAGCUCCCAACUCAACUAAAGUUGUCCCUUAUGCUCCAAAUGACUUUAGACAAGUACUGGACAGUAGUGUUUCCUCUGCCCCAACUGUCUGCCAUUGGGUCGUUCUCCACUGCUACAAAAAGAAUGGAUAUACACCAGAAGGAAGCACCGAUUAGUUUGGGUUAAAGCCAAAGCAUGUCAUACACUUCAAUUCACUGACAUCAGUUUUUCUUAAGUCCAUGGCCUGCUUCUCAGGGCACCAGAAAGCAGCAUGCUCCUCCAAGGUUUCUGGAAACAUUUUCUGUGGGGACUGGCAUGCUUUCUGGAGCUUAGCGUUUCAGGGCUAGAUCUUCGUAAUCCCAAAGGCCUGGAGCAAACCUGGAACUUCCGAGAAGCCAAGGAAGGAUCCAGGGCAAUUUCCUUAGGCCUUGAAAGUGAUACAACAUGCUCCUGAUAUUGGAAGCAUGGAUGUGUGUCCUUUCUGGAUUGAAAUUGCUCAGCUGUUCCCUUCUUAGUGUCUAUGGAUCAGUAUUAUUCCUCAUUUUACAGGAGGCAGCUGAGACUCACACAGGGAUGAACAGAAGCUUUAGGGGAUUAAAGAUUUCAAUGCUACUAACCUCACAUUCCCUGGGACGGAAGAUGUUUUUGAAGACCCUGACACUCAGCUUGACUAUAGCCAUGCCACUUGCCCAGCAGAGGCUAACGAUCAUGGGUUCCAGGAACUGCAAGCCAGGCAAGAGAACACAGAAGGCAUGAGAAAGACCUGCAGAGUCUCGCAUGAAUAUGAAGCAUCCUUCAGAAGACACAGCACCUGAGGAUGAUAUCUAUACAGACGAAAAAUGUCUUAGCCUGACAUGGAAGAUGAACAAAAUGACAAAGAUAGGUGUGUAGCUUCUAAAUACCUCACCUGUAGAUCUGUAAUGUCUGGUAUUUGAUGUUUGUGUGCCCCCCGUCCCAUUCAGGAGAGCAUAGAAAAGGUGAGAAGACCUUAUUAGUCGGCAUCUCAUUAGCUCAUUUUAAUGACUGUUCUAUGUGCAAUAUUCUUUAGCCUAUACAGAUAGCAAGGGCAGGAGGCCUUAUGGGAUAUAAAAUGACAGAAGUGGGAUUCAAGAAGAGAAAUGUCCCUCAGAUCUGGGGAGAUCUCUAAGAAAGACCAUUCUCCACUCCCACGGGGGCUUGUAUGACAAGCUCGUUCUCACCCCUCCCAUCACUGGGGCAUACUUGAAACAAGACCCUCAUCAUAUAUGAAAAGAGUAAUUUUGUUGGAGAAAAUAUUUGCAAUAAAUUCAAGACCCUUCUUCUCAUCGGCGACUUUUCCACCCCAUGCUUCUGAAAUAAAAGAGACAACCAAACACCUUUUCCAUACUUUACAACUAGAGAAACUGACUUGAAUUAAUGCAGCAUUUAUCCAGCCAUGGGCUGGUUGGUCCAGACCUUGUGGUGGUAGCAAGCUACUCCCUCCAUCCUACUGUCUGCGCGACUAUGCAUCUAACCCUUGACGAGGUGGUGUGUAACUGCCUUUUCCUCUUUAUUUAAAUACUUCCUAAACAGAAUUCCAACCUAGAUAUCAGAAUUCAUAACAAAGCUGAAUGGCACCAAUCAUAUGUCCCUUACAAGACAGUUUCUCUUUCCUGUUCCCUUCUCUGAAAUGGCAAUUUUUCCUCAUCCUUGGUACCUGCUUUCUUACACCUGGAGGGCUUGCAAAGCAUCCUUCUCUCUCCUCCACAACCACUCCAGUAAUAUGAAUGCUGUUGAUGCUCCGUGUUACAAUGAAGAAACAGAGGUCUUCUGACAUCAAAUAGCUUUACUAAAUCAUCAGGUCACCUAGCCUCCUGUACUCAGAGCUAGGGUCCUAGUUCUCCCUCACCCACCUCACUUGGCUUCCCAAUUACACCAUCACUGCUUCUUCCCAUCUUUCCCUCACUCACUCCUGUCCAGCCCUUUCUUCUCUCCAUUGUCCUCUAAGCUUCCUACUCUACAGCUUCUUUACUCCUGCCUUCUUGAUGGAUGCUAGACACAUGCUUUGGGAGUCCAUCCCAUUUUAUCGUUGUCUAGUUUGUUUACAUGGUGGUUUAUCCAGAAUCACAAUUGAAUUAUGGUUCAUGAUCUUAUGGAAGAUCAUGAUGGUAACCUACAAGGUAUGGCACUCACUAGCCUACUUCAAAUCAUCACCAUCUCCAUUUCUUCCCAUAUUUUAACUCAGAAUCCCAGACUAGAUGUGUGCGGCGCUGGAGUGUUGUCUGGUGUGCUAUCGCUUACCAAAGGGCUUAGAAGAGCUCUCAAGGGCUAUAAUCAUUUAGAAACCCAUUGUUUGUCUUGGUGCUGGGUAUUUCCUGUGACUGAUCCUCAAUCAUUUACUGAAGGUCACACUAGGCUGAGUCUGGUUUUCCCUUUCUUGCUGCUUAACAGCUGUGAAUUUGACUACUCAACUCAGCUGUCCAGAAGGCAUCUUGUCCUAUGACUUUUACUGUUGGCUAGAUCUCAAAUCAAACCCCAGUCCUUGAGGGGAAAUACCCAGUGCUUGCUCCAAAUGUAGUCCAUUUGACAGCAUUGUUCUUUGGUCUCUCCACCCUUCGAUAAAUGUACAUGCGAGCUUUCUUUUGAAUGUCUGGGGUCGCUCUAGACAUCCACUAGAAUUAUUAGUAAGAAACAGCAGUGGGGUUAAGGAAAAGAGUAGGGCUGAGGAGAUAGCUCACUAGGUGAUGUGCUUGCCACACAGUCGUGAGGACCUGAGUGCUGUCAGGCAUCAUGGUACAGUGCACUCUGAUGCUCCCUGUGCCGGGGAGGAAGAGACUGGAAGGUCUCUGGGCCUCGCUAACCAGGUCACCUGGCCUGACUAACUCGUUGAGCUCCAGGCAAGUGAGAGAGCCUGUCUCAAAAACCAAAAACACAACAAGGUGGACAAUGCCUGAGGAAUGACACCCAAAGGUGACUUCUGGCCUCCACAUGUGCAUGCCCACAAGUUAAGGCCGUAUGUGUACAUGCGUAAAUGUGAACACAUACACACACACACACACACACACACACACACGAGGCCAGAUCCAGUGGUGCACUCUUGGAAGCAGGAGAAUCAGAAGUUCAAGGCUAGUUCAGCUGCAUAUCGGCAUAGUGGAAAGCUAACCUGGGCUACAUGAGAUCCUGUCUCAAAAAAAAAAAAAGA